AUGGCGACAGGCUAUCUCGUGCGGGCUAUGGGGCCAAUGCAAUCAAUUGCAACAACCGGGAGUCUCGCCCGCUCCAGCAUCAUUCGUGCUACCACUGCUCUUCGCCAGAGUGUGCGCUACAACUCAUACACACCCACUGAAGCUACACAAGAACCCACUGUGGCCUCUUCAUCCUCACCUGCUCCCUCCACAUCAACACCACUCAGCUUAACCGACCUCGAGCCGCCCACUCUCCUUCGCAACUAUGCCUCCAAAACCAAAAGCGGUACCGUGGUCUCCGUCGGUCGCAUGGACCGCACUGUGACAGUUGUCUAUCGCUCAAAUGAAUGGGACAAGCACGUUCGCAAAUACUACCGCAAGGAUGUCAAGAUCCUGGUCUCAGAUCCUCAAAACUCUCUUCGCAAGGGCGAUGUCAUUGAAUUCUCUUCUGGCGCACCCAAGAGCCAUCGUGUGCAUCACGUCGUGGAGCGAAUCAUUACCCCCUUCGCCGUGCCAAUCGAGGACCGACCCGCUGUGAUGACUAAAGAGGAGCGAGAGCAGGAACGGGCGAGGCGCUGGGCUGCCAAAUACGUCCGUCGCGAGUCGCGGCGGCUGGGAGAAGAGAUCAACCUGGAGACCAUUGCCCGGGCACAUGGAUACAUUCAGGAUGGAGAAUCAUUGUCUGCAGCUGAGUUGAUCCAUCGCAUUUUCGAGGGCCAGGAGCGCAUCGGUAAGGUGAAGAAGCUGGUGCAAGAGCGAAUUGGUGAAGUUCAAGCUUGA